AGUUAAGAUGUGUUUGAACAGCCACUCUGAGAAUUGAAAAAGGGGUUGCCCAUUUCCAGAAAGUGUUGCGCAUUUUAGAAACCUUUUCCGUUGGACUGGAACGGGUGACGGAAAGGAGCAUUUUGCCCAGUUAAAGGGGCUCUGAAGCUUUGCAAAUUUGUUAUUUGUAUUCAACCCCCUCCGGCGAUGAUUGUGCUUUUGAUUGCCCUGAGCGUCGCGGAUGGAGCGCUCGCCCAAAUCAGCUACUCUGUGCCGGAGGAGGCGGACCACGGCACCAUGGUGGGGAACAUCGCCGAGGACCUGGGCCUGGACCUCAGCAAACUGGCAUCGCGCCGCUUCCAAGUCGUGCCCGGCUCGCGCACUCCUUAUUUGGGAGUGAACACGGACAGCGGCGUCCUGUUUGUCAAGGACAAAAUAGACAGGGAGCAGAUUUGCAAGCAGAGCGCGAGCUGCCAGCUCAACAUGGAGGUGUUCCUGGAGAACCCUCUGGAGCUCUUUCGGGUGGAGAUCGAGGUGGUGGACAUUAACGACAACCCGCCCAGCUUCCCCGAAACGGACAUAACGGUGGAGAUCUCCGAAAGCGCCACUCCCGGCACCCGCUUCCCGCUGGAGAGCGCCUUCGACCGCGACGCGGGCACCAACUCUUUACGCACGUACGAGAUCACCGCCAACAACUACUUUUACCUGGACGUGCAGAGCCAAACGGACGGCGGCAAGUUCGCCGAGCUGGUGCUGGAGAAGCCGCUGGACCGGGAGCAGCAGGCGGCUCACAGGUACGUGCUGACCGCGGUGGACGGCGGCCGGCCUCCGCGCACGGGCACCGCGCUGCUGGUGGUCAAAGUGCUGGACUCCAACGACAACGUGCCUGUGUUCGAGCGGCCCGUUUACGCGGUAACCCUGCCGGAGAACGCGCCGGCGGGCACGCUGCUCCUGCAACUCAACGCCACCGACGCGGACGAGGGACUCAACGGGGAGAUCGGCUACUCGUUCAGCAACCACAUCUCCAGCCGCGUCAAAGACCUUUUCAGCAUCGAGCCGCGCGCCGGGCGCAUCGAGGUGCGCGGGGAGGUGGACUUCGAGGAGAGCGCUCUGUAUCAGAUCUUUGUCCAAGCCAAGGACAUGGGCCCGAACGCCGUGCCCGCGCACUGCAAGGUCCUCGUCACGGUCACGGACGUGAAUGACAACGCGCCGGAGAUCACCUUCAGCACCGUCACGGAGUCUGUGAGUGAAAAGGCGGCUCCCGGCACCGUCAUCGCCUUGCUGAGCGUCACGGACCUGGACGCGGAAGAAAACGGACAAAUGGACGUGGAGCUCCUCGGCGAGGUCCCCUUCAAAUUAAAGUCAUCCUUCAGGAAUUAUUUCACCAUCGUGACCGACGGCCCGUUGAACAGGGAGCAGGCAGACUCCUAUUCGGUGACUGUGGUCGCGAGGGACAAAGGCUCCCCUGCCCUUGCCACCAGCAAGUCCAUUCGAGUCCAAGUGUCAGAUGAGAACGACAACGCCCCCGCCUUUACGCAAGCCCUAUAUGAUGUGUACGUGACCGAGAAUAACGUGCCGGGGGCGUAUAUACACGCAGUGAGCGCUUCGGAUCCGGACAUUGGGCGCAAUGCGCUCGUGGGUUAUUCCAUAUUAGAGUGUGAGAUCCAGGGCAUGUCGGUCAAAACCUACGUGUCGAUCAACGAGGAGACAGGCUACUUAUACGCACUCAGGUCCUUCGACUACGAGCAACUGAAGGACUUCACGUUCGUGGUCCAGGCCAAAGAUGGGGGCACCCCAGAGCUCUUGACUAACGCCACUGUCAAAGUUGUCAUUGUGGACCAGAAUGACAACGCCCCCCUGGUGUUAGCGCCCGUGGGGAAGAACGGCACGGCGAAGGAGCCUCUGCCCCGCUCGGCCGAGCCCGGUUACCUGGUGACGCGCAUCGUGGCGAUGGAUGCCGAUGACGGCGAGAGCGCCAGGCUCUCCUACAGCAUUCGGAGAGGCAACGAGAACGGGAUGUUCAGGAUGGAUUGGAGGACAGGCGAACUCCGGACGGCGAGGCGGGUGUCGGCUAAACGAGACCCUCUUCGCUCGUACGACCUGCUGAUCGAGGUGAGAGACCACGGUCAACCUCCGCUGUCCUCCAGUGCCAGCGUACUGGUGGCGUUGGUGGACAGCGCGACAGAGGGCCGCGGCGACGGAGACCGAGGAGGUGCCGCUCAAGCCGCAGAAAGCGGUCUGGACCUCACGCUCAUCCUCAUCAUCGCCCUGGGCUCUGUCUCUUUUCUGUUCCUCCUGGUCAUGAUCGUACUGGCCGUGCGUUGCCAAAAGGGGAAAAAGCUCAACAUUUACACCUGCCUGGCCAGCGACUGCUGCCCGGGCCGCAGCUCCUGUUGCUCACGACAAGGGCGCGCCCGCAAGAAAAAGCUCAGCAAGUCUGAUAUCAUGUUGGUCCAAAGUGCUGCGAACGGCACCGGGACAGGUACGGCUCAAGUCCCUGUGGAGGAAUCAGGGAGCUUUGGCUCGCACCGUCAAAAUCAGAACUAUUGUUACCAGGUAUGUCUGACUCCCGAGUCUGCCAAAACCGACCUCAUGUUCCUAAAGCCGUGUAGUCCGUCUAGGAGCGCGGACGCCGACCGCAACCUAUGCGGAGCCAUAGUGACAGGAUACGCGGACCAGCAGCCCGACCUCAUAUCGAACGGCAGUAUACUAUCGAACGAGGCUAAACACCAGCGAGCCGAGCUAAGCUACAUGGUUGACAGGCCAAGACGUGCAAAUAGCUCGGCAUUCCAGGAGGCAGAUCUUGUCAGCUCCAAAGACAGCGGCCAUGGAGACAGUGAGCAGGGAGACAGUGACCACGAUGCCACAAAUAGAGGCCUUUCCUCUGGGGGAACCGACUUGUUCUCUAACUGCACAGAGGAGUGCAAGGCCCUGGGCCACUCCGAUCGCUGCUGGAUGCCAAGCCUCAUGCCCACUGAUGGGCGGCAGGGUCCAGACUACCGCAGCAAUCUCCAUGUGCCGGGUAUGGACUCAGUUCCGGACAUAGAGGUAUUUCAAAGUUCUGAGCAAAUGGCCGAUAAGUCAUUCUCCACAUUCGGCAAGAGGACCCCUGUCAGUCACCAAUACAAACAUCUUCAUCAUCACCUUCUCCACAACCAUCACCUCAGCCACCACCAUCAUGGCACUCUAGAGAGGAAAGAGUUGGAAGCAUUUCUGCCUAGCUCCAAAUCAGCUUAUACCUCAGGGUAUUUAAACAGGAAAAGGGUUUACUAGUUCUUUUCGUGUCGACAUUCCGGAGACUGCAUGAAAUGUGCACAAUCGUCCACUCAACAAAUGAAGACUAUCCUCCAGAAAACAAAGAACACACGCGCGCACACACAUUAGGAUGGUUGACUAAAUGACCGUCUCAUCCCCUUCAUCUCCUGGAAUUCAUUGGAGAAAAGGCUUCAGGGGAACCUCACUCACCCUUCGGCUAAGAAGACACGGAGGAGGCGAGACGUGUCGAACGAAUGGCUGCGGGCGUCGUUGAUGAAUGGCCUGACUGGUAGGACCUCAUUGUCUCAGCAGGACUGAGAAACUGAACAUAAACUGAUAGCGGCAGUGUGGAGCGAUGAAAAUUGGACAUCGAUCUAUUUUUUUUCCAUUUUGUGUGAGCCUGUUUACAGCACUGAUGCGCAGUGCGUCUUGGAGGAAACUCAAGUCGGACAAAAGAAGGACGGCCACCACUGAGCCCUUGAGGCGAUUGUACUCGGAGACGCCAAACUGUACAGGAAAUUUCUUAAUGCCAUGCCAUUGUUUUCAAUUUUUCAAUGUUCUUUUUGUGCUCUUCCUUCCAAUCUGCUUCAAACUUGUCAGAAAAUAUCGCCGCGAGAAUAUUCUUUAUCUUUUUUUUUUUUUUUUAUUGUUGUUGUUUGUAUCACUUUGGGUUGGUUUUCAACAGCUGACUUGGAGCGAGAUAACCUAAUGAGGGUAAAAAAAAAGUUGAGAAAAUGGAUCUAUGUUUUUCACCACCACUUUUGUGGGCUCGGAGCAUCAAGUAGUUUCUACCACGUGUGAGAAGUGUUUACUGUACUCUUCAAAAGUUUCAAGCUCAAUAUAAAACUAUAUAUAAAUCUGUAUUUGCUUAUGGAGCUAUGUUAUCUGUUCCCUCGGUUCGGAAUUCAGCUUUGACUUUUUUUUUUUUGAAGUGCCCCUGCUGAAGGCUUGUGCAACCCAGAGGGAGACGCAAACUGAAUGGCCUUAGCAAAUUUCAUAACUUGUUUUCCACUUUUAGAUAUGAUCCCCCCCCCCCUGCCCCCCCCCCCCAAAAAUGUGUAUAAAAUGGAGAUAAUAGUUGACAUUAAAAUUCAUGUUCAUUCAGUGUCAUUGUAAUCAAAACUUUGAUGAAAUGGUUAUUUUAUAAAGUAACAGAAGAAGGGAUGCUAAAUGUGCUGUACACAAUGCCGUUCUCUUUCUACACACAUCACAACCACAAAAACACGAUUAAGUCAACAAUAAACUGAAA